UCUGGAAUGAUGCAGACACCAGUCCACUAUGCUGCGAAAUAUGAUGCUGCUAGUUCCUUGAACUGUCUGCUGAAACAUGAUGCCGACAUAAACGCUAGAGACUACAAACAGCGAACACCUCUACAACUGGCAACUGAGCUUGAUCGAACUGAGUCAGCUCGACUGCUGCUGCAGUUUCAGGCAGACGCAGGAGUAUAUGACAACACAGGACAGCUCUGUUUAACUCCGAUGGUUGCUAACAUGCCUCAGCUUGCGUAUACAGCUUUGGAUCAGUUUCUUGUCAAGGACAGAGCGAACCGAAAACAGUACUUCAUGCUGAACAUCUUGAUACCCCAGCCUUCAGAGACUGGUAACAGCCAUGCCAAGUCUUUACUUGAAGUGAUUGUUCAAUAUCGACAGCUGGAUCUCAUCAUGCAUCCUGUCGUCCAAAAACUCAUCGCGAUUAAAUGGACACGCUUUGGAAUGAGAGGAGUAGCGAUAAUGUUGACCCUCAAUAUCCUCUUUAUAAUUUCAUGGACUACUUUGGGACUUAGUUCAUCACUGGCUAAUGUGAAACAGCUUCAUUAUGAAUUACCUGGUGACUGGUGGAGAGUUUUAAUUGCCUCUGUUGCCAUUGCACUUACUGCCUAUCAGAUUGUGGAGGAAUUCGUAGAAAUCCACUCUUCACAAACAAAGUUUAUUCGUUGGAAGGAAUGGAGGACCCAGGAAAUAAUGAAAGAUCUAAACCUAUGCCACCCACGAUGGCCAGAGGAGGAGGCAUAUCUUAAGAAGCAGCUGAGUGCACUGGAUGACAUGCAUCCACACUAUUUCAACGAUUUUUGGAAUUUGUUUGAUUGGAUGGUCUACCUAAUGCUCUUUGCUCUGAUUGGAACUUACAUAGCUGAUCUGUCAAUGACAAGUGAAAGCAUUCACACAACCCACAUUCGAAUCUGUGCAGUGACCAUCAUAUUCCUUUGGUUACGGGUCAUGAAGCACGUACGAGCAAUCAGGUCCCUGGGACCCUUUAUUGUGAUGCUUGGGAAAAUCAUUGUGGACCUCCUGAAGUUCCUUUUUCUUUAUGGAGAAUUUUACAUUCCCUUUGCGUGUUCGUUCUGGAUCAUUUUUGGUGGUCUUGUUCCAAGUAUGUCAACCAUACCCCAGAUGCUUUUUACUGUCUUUCGCAUUACACUGGUUGAUGACUAUGGAUUUGAAGAGAUGUAUGCAAAAGACCCAGUAAUGGCAUAUUUACUCUGUGGAACCUUUCUGGGAGUGUCAAGCAUACUUUGUAUCAACCUCCUCAUAGCAUUACUUUCAGAUACCUUCCAAAGAGUAUAUGACAAUGCAAAUGCCAAUGCAGCCAUGCAACAGGCUAGCAUUGUUCUGUAUGUUGAAGACCAUCUGAAUGAGAAGAGAAAGAAAGAAUUUCAAGAAUAUAUCCACACAUCCUGUGCACCUUUGGAAAUAUUUUUUGAUGAUGAUAUUACAAUAGAUCAAGAAGAUGAUCUCAAGAAAGUUACCAUUCAAAUAAAGGAAGAUAUUGAUAAUCUUACCAAUUUAAUGCAAAUGGAAGAAUGGGAAAAGGCUGACUACGAACAGAGUCCAGGACCUAGACGAGGCAAGAUGUUUUUUGGCAGAAGCCAAAGCCAAAAUCAAGAUGAAGAAAGCAUUUCAUCAGGUGCAGAAAUACAGGAGGAGAUUGAAAAGCUACGGUUGAAGGUUUCAGACAUUUAUCACCAGCAGGAAAACACAACUUUGACACUGACAAAUGAAAUACGGAGAACACAAGAUUUGAUCAAUGAAAUACUCAAGCAUUUUGGAUCUGGUGGCAGUGGGUUCCAGUUGCCACCUGAGUCAACUGGAGAUGCUCAGGAGAGCAGCCAUGAAUGAUUCUUCAGUGAGUAAGUAAUUAAUUACUCAAAAUGACAUGAAGUGAGCACAGUGGCUUCAUAACUCAAAGUGGAAACCGAGUGAGAAUGUUGAUCUAAAAACAGCUGUAGAAGAAAUGUCAACAUCAAUCAAUUUUAUACUGAUAUUUUACGAAAGUCAUUCAAGUUAGAGGAUAGCUGUAAAUGUGGACAGUGGUGUCAAAAGUUUAGGACAAAAGAUUUACAAACUGCAAUAUCAUAAUCUAUUAAGCUAAUUUUGUACUGUCAUCUUGUCACAUUUGCAAUUAUCAGUAGCCAAGGCCAAGGGACUUCGUUAUCAAACUUUCAGAUUAAUUAGUUACAUCUUUGCAAAGGAAUUUCAGCUUUGAAAGAAAUUGGCAGAGCUUCAUGUGAUAGUAUUGAGCAGAUCAUCAUCAACAAUCUUGUCAAGGUUCUACUUUCAUUUGCUUCAGGGUAUAAUUGGGAUUGCUUGCAAAAUUAAAUUCAAAGAGGCUAAGGCAAUAAUGCAUUAUUAAUGAUAAAGCACUGCAGGUCUCAGGUUUAAGCCAGCAGAACAAAUGGGAAUUCCUUUCCUUCUACUAAACAAUUGCAAUAUCAGUUAGAGAAGAACAUGUUUUAUCAGUUACCUGAGUAUCACCUUCAUUCAAUCUAAAUACAGUUUAGCUCAAUUGAUUCUCACUGAGCAGUCCAGCUGCUGUUUCAGAGUAGGAUGCCUGUUAUUCAGAGUUCCAUAAACUUGAUAAAACUGCUGGGAAAAGAAAUGUCUCAACACCAGAAUGUCUAAUUAUAUCUGUGCAUCAAACUUGUUUCUUCUGAUUAAAGCACCAUGGACAGUGUCUGCCAUUCUGUGUAUUGCUGCAUCA